AUGCGCUGCUUGCUACUGCUCGGACUUUUGCUGCCCACCGUGCUGGGAAAUCGCAGCGAGCUUAGGCCUGCCCUGGAGCGCGUGUUUUCGCGUCAAAAGCGUUUUGUGCUGUUUCCCAAGGGCUCGAAUUUGAAAUUUACAGGCUCAAUAAGCAAAGGUUUGCUGUCAAAGUUUCCCAAAGGCAUCAAUAUGAAUAUAGAGCAGGCUGUCUACUAUCCGGUGCCCUCGAGUCGCGAAGAUGUUUAUCCCAAACGCUUUCGACCCAGAACAACAACAACACCACAGCCGCUGACCACAACUGAGCCGCUAUUUGUUUGGAUUCCUGGCACUGAUUGGCGCUUCAAGGCAACGCCUGUCAAGAAGCCUAUGCCGCUGCGUCUGCAUGCGCAGCAGCGCAUAGACUAUAGGCCAAGUAAGCAGCAGCAGCAAAAGUGGGCAAGCUAUGGCCAGCGUUAUGGCAAUUGGACUAGCAAGCAAAAAUAUGCGCAGCGCUGGCAAAAGUGGAGCACGCCAGCGCCCAAAUGGCAGCAGCAGCAUAACAAGCGCUGGUAUCGUGCAGCAGAUGCCACAGACUAUGCUGCAAGCAACGAUGAGGACUUGGAGCACUUGCGGCAAACGCCACAUUAUCAUGGCUAUAGGGAUCGGCGGCAGCUAUUCGAGCAUUGGAGUGCGUUCAGCAAGCUGCUAGGCUUUGAUACCAAGUCCUGCAUACUGCGCGCUAUAUGUGAUAGCAAGCGCUUGUUGCUGCCACCAGGUUACUCCAUGCUGCAGGACAUACUGCGUCUAAUCUUUACGCUGCCUACUGUAUCUGGCGUGCAGGAUGACUACAGUCGGCUAAUGCACAUGAGUCCAGAGCAGUGUGAUCAACGCUUUAGACAGCAGUGUAAACUGGAUUUGCUAGCUUGGCUGCUGCUGGGACAAAGUCAUUAA